AGAUGAGUAUUAGUGCUCGUGUGUGUGUCUGUGUGUGCCUGUGUCCACGUGACUUCCAUACACAUGUCUUAUAAUACCCAGUAUGAGAUAUAUCUAUAUCUACAGCUUUCUGUGAGUAAAGAAACCCUUUGCUCGGUGCUUGCGUUCGGUGAGACCACGCAUGUGUUGCUCCGUGCUGCAGCAACGUGCAGCAUCAGUUCCUCUCUGACCCCAGUGUUAAUCUGCAGUCAGGCUGAGGCUCCGCUGGUUUUUCUCGGCUGCUCGGUACUGGAGUAGCUUAUUACCCAGGGCUUCGCUGUUUGAACCGGUUUCGUAGGCCCCUGCCAGGCUGUCGAAUCGGCAACAGACACGCAAAAAAACACGAGCGAUACGAAAUCAAGCUUUCGACUCGCGUCGGCUUUGUUUUGCUUGAUUUCACUCCGCGGCGCGUCCGCCUCGGGUCGAAAUUUGCGAAACGGCUCCAGCUAACGCGCGUAAUGCAUCGUAGAGAGGAAACACAGUAAAUAGACGGACACGUCCAUCUGCGCGAAAGAGGAAACGAAGAUGGUGAUGAUGGCUUCACCAAAAUCAGCCUUCAAGUGCUCCAUAGAAAUGGCGAAGCCUAUCCUCCCCCUGAAGCUGUUUCUCUGGGUCUUUAUUGUCGUUAAUCUCUCUACAAGCUCCCUCCAGACGGAUGACGACGACGAGGUGACGAACAAGACGUGGGUGCUGACUCCUAAAGUGUACGAGAGCGACGUCACGCACAUCCUCAACAGCCUACUAGAUGGGUACGACAACAAACUGAGACCUGACAUCGGAGUCAAGCCGACGGUGAUCCACACAGACAUGUUCGUCAACAGCAUCGGCCCGGUAAAUGCCAUCAACAUGGAAUACACCAUCGACAUCUUCUUCGCUCAGACCUGGUACGACAGACGGUUAAAGUUCAACAGCACGAUGAAGGUUCUGCGUCUCAACAGCAACAUGGUCGGGAAGAUCUGGAUCCCGGACACUUUCUUCCGCAACUCGAAGAAGGCCGACGCCCACUGGAUCACCACGCCCAAUCGCAUGCUUAGGAUCUGGAACGACGGACGGAUACUCUACACCCUCAGGUUGACCAUUGAUGCCGAGUGCCAGCUUAAACUGAACAACUUCCCAAUGGACGAGCACUCGUGUCCCCUGGAGUUUUCAAGCUACGGCUACCCCAGGGAGGAGAUUGUGUACAAGUGGAAAAGGAGCUCAGUGGAGGUCGGGGACAUUCGCUCCUGGAGGCUCUACCAGUUCUCCUUCGUGGGCCUGAGGAACACCUCUGAGAUCGUCAGAACUGUCUCAGGUGACUAUGUGGUUCUGACGGUCUUCUUUGACCUGAGCAGGAGAAUGGGCUACUUCACCAUCCAGACCUACAUCCCAUGCACCCUUAUUGUCGUCCUCUCCUGGGUUUCUUUCUGGAUCAACAAGGACGCCGUGCCUGCCAGGACAUCGUUAGGCAUCACCACCGUGCUGACCAUGACCACGCUGAGUACCAUUGCCAGGAAGUCUCUCCCAAAGGUUUCCUAUGUAACCGCCAUGGACCUGUUUGUCUCUGUCUGCUUCAUCUUUGUCUUCGCUGCGCUUAUAGAGUAUGGCACGUUGCACUACUUUGUCAGCAACAGGAAGCCGAGUGCCAAAAAGGACAAGAAGAAGAAGAACCCGCUCCUCCGGCUCUUUUCCUCAAAGCAGACACCCACGGUUGACAUCCGUCCACGCUCAGCCACGGCCAUCCAGAUGAACAACGCCACUCACAUGCAGGAGCGGGACGAGGAGUACGGCUACGAGUGUCUGGACGGAAAGGACUGCACCAGCUUCUUCUGCUGUUUCGAAGACUGCCGCUCCGGAGCCUGGAGGCACGGCAGGUUGCACAUCCGCAUCGCCAAGAUAGACUCUUAUGCACGCAUCUUCUUCCCCACCGCGUUCGGUCUCUUCAACCUGGUCUACUGGGUCUCCUAUCUGUAUCUCUAGGCACGUGGGUGUAUCCAGCCUUAUCAUACACUUCAUUACAUUCUACAUAUGCUCUGCGCCAGCAAGUGACAUUUUGUAGGAGGGGACCCACUGAAAUACCCAGAGAUUUUAUUUUAUUUAAUUUUUUUUUUUUGGUUUUAUGCCCUUAAAAUUUGAGUUGUCUUAUUAGAAAAACUUUGACAGAAACUGCAAAUGUUGUAGCAUUACAUUUAACUGAUGUGAGGAGGUUUAUUGAUUCAUUGUAAAAAAUACUUAUUGUGUAAGAGAUCAGCACAACUGUUUGAUCAUUAUUAUUUUAGUUUAAUUUCCUUUUUUUUUUUUUUACCAGUUUUUGAAAAAACACCAUCUCCUUAUAAUAAACAACAUAUAUUAAUUCUGAUCAAAUCCAUCACAAAAUUCUAGUUUAUGUCAAGCCAACAUGUUCCAGAGAAAGGUGAAACUAAGUUAUUAUUUGAUUGGUUAUUACAGUAAAAUCAAGUAAAAACAAACAGACAAAAAAAAAGAGGUGAUGUUACGGAGGCUAUGUAUGUAAUAAAAACAUAGAGCCACAUCGCGGAGAAAAUAAAUGAAAAAGAAAAGAGCGGCCUGUCUCACCUUCAUGGCGACGACUACACCUUAUUAUCAGCCUAUAUUGCAUUAAAUGUCUUUUUAUUCAUUUUAUUUUUAUUUUUCUCACUAAAACACAAAACCUGAAGCACUUUAAUGGAGCUAUGUUACUAAUUCAUUUAGCCAAUGAUAAUUGGGUUUCAGUUUAUUUGGACACUCUUCAUGUGUGGUCGCUGAUGAUGCUGUUUAUGGACGAUGCUCAACUGUACAGACACUGUAUAUAUUUUACUAUUACAUAGUGGUUUACAUUUAUUGCAUGCGCCUUUCAGGCCAAAAAUCGACAUAUUUUACGGUCUUCUACUGUUGGCUAAGGAUAAAAAAAAAAGAAAAGAAAACAACACUGUUGAUUAUGAUCUGAGAUUUAAGUAUACUAUACUCAUUUUUUUCUAGGAAAAUAGAAAAAUUAAACGAUAAAAAUGGCCCGGUUUAUCCUUUUUAAGUCGAAUAAUCAUCUUCGCGUAAAGGUAUUUCAUGCAGGAGAACUGGUUUAAUCAGUUUUCAUGCAAACAUUAGCUUACAGCGUAGAUAUCAGGGACUCUUCAUCCCCUCCUGCAUUUGCUGUUAAACGAGUACAUUUACAUAAUGACACGCUGCUGCUGCUGCUGUAUUUUGGUUAUGUAAGGGAAAUUGUUCUAAACCAAGUUUGUAAAAUAACAAAAUCACUUUUUUUUUUUUUUAACUGCAGCAGCAGCAGAACCAGAGUUCACCUUCAGACACAAGAAACUAAAACGCACUUCAGUAGGAUAUUUUGAUUAUUCCGUUACAUACUUUGCAGUCAAACAGGGUUCGAUCAACACGUCUAAGUUCAUUCUCCAAAAAAGAAAGAAAGAAAUAGUGAUAAUUAACUUUCAUUCAAGUAAAACAAAGCAUCUGCUUGUGAGAACAAAUGUGUCUCUUUAGGAAGAAUCGCGCUGAGAAUGUGCAUCAUUACAUAGUGAGGAUACGGGUUCACAGGCCGUGCAGAGGUCCAUUGCUAUUUUACUUGAUUUUACUUUUUGCCAAAUAAAAAUUACCUGAAUGUGUGAGGAGAGCAACGAAACAGGCAAACAGGCAUCCGAUCUGUAAAUGUCGCGUUACGACGACCGGCAUCGCACGUAAAUUAGCGCCCUUUACGGAGAGAUUUUGAUAGGCGCCAGUAUGCAACCAGUGGAGACCAGUGCUGCAGAAUGACUAGUAAGCUCACGAAGAAUGGGCGUAAAUCACAUUGUUUAUGUACAUAAAUCAAUGUAAUAAUGGAAGAGGACACUUGUCAAGCCCUUCGGAUUUAAAAAAAAAAGAAGAAAAAGAUAAAAGGGUAUAUAUUUUGUAAUUUCAGCAUUGUCACAGUAUAUCAUCGAACAUUAUAUUAUACUUAUUGUAUCAUGCUGGACUGACCAUGUAGAAUACUUGGGGGAGGGGGGGUGGCGGGGUAUUUAUUUAUUUAUUCAUUCAUUCAUUGAUGGUAUUUAUUAAUUUAUUUUAUUGGAAGAAACUACAGUCUAUGCUCAUAACAGCCCCUUAAAAGAAACACAAAAUGCUGUCGUUUAUAUCAAAGAUACAUUUUGUUCAACGUGUCGAUGGAGCUCGAGCUUAUUUAUCUUGUGUUUUCUAUGUUGUGAUCAAUGUACACUACUCUCACAAAGGACUGUCAAGCUGUUAUAUUUGUCAGAUUAGUGGUUUGCAACAUUACCUGUUGUGCAGCUUCUGGAGUAGUUGGCUUUAUUUAAAUGGAAAAAAAAAAAACAGUUCCCGAGCCACCAGAAGAAGAAGAACAUUUGCUUGUCUGGGCGAUUUUCACUCUUUCCUCCCCCACCUUGCUUUGGUCUUUUGCCAUAAAUAAAGCAUCUGUGAUGAGACAAACAUAUAUAUGCAUUUAACAGAUUAUCUCAUAUUCCCAAGCCUUCUUUCCCGUUUGUAUUUAAUGGUGGUCCCGUUGUGUUUUUUGGAAGCUGCCACUUAGUAGUCUCGACCUGUCUUCUGUGUACACAUAAUGCUAUGUCUCACACCUUUAGGGGCGUCAGUGUGUCAGUAGCAGCGCAGAGUGGUCGUCAUCAGUGUUCAGUAGUCGCGAGAAGUGUAACAGAGUGAUAACGUUUUAUAAAGUGCCAAACUGACACACAUGCAAUAGAGAAUAUCGACCUCACAUUGAACUAUCAUCAUCUGUGAAUCCACUCGUGAUGUUGUGUGGAGAGAAAAUGCUCUGUUCCCUCAGACAUGUGUUUGCAGAUGCUCUGUAUUUAAGUUGAUAACGUUUUUUUUUCCUUUUUAUUUUAUGUUUAAAUUAGAUUUGAACCAAAAAAAUGACAAUUGGUCAAAUCAAGACCAUGCUAAUUGCUGUAUCAGGGCAAACAGGAAGACAUUUCUAAGUGUAUCUAACUUUAAAAAUCCAUCGUACCGAGGAAGACUGACGCGUGUCUUCUUGUGUUUUAAUAGUGAAAAUAAACGUGAUUUUUUUUUUUUUUUAUUUACUUUUUUUAUUUUUUCCCUCCCCCAUCAUGAUAGAAGCUUGUUAAUUAUUAAAUAUAUUUUUGGGCACUCUACUGUAAAUGCAGAUAUAUAAAGGAGUAUGGGAGGUACUGAAGUGUGUCUAUACUCAGUAGCGUGCAUGUUGAAUAUGUUUUCAGUCAAACAGGGAGGAUUUGAAGAAUUCAUUUUUUUCUGGUCUUAAUCCUUUUUGCCUGCACUGACAUGGAUAUUAUAUUGCUUAUUUCUGACAAUGCAAUUUUAUUUAUUUUGAGAAUCACAAAGGAGACAUAUACUAUGUGAACAGCACAUGUAGAUAUUUUCUAUUGUUACGUAUUUUGUCAAACUGCAGAUAAUUAAAUAACAAGCACUGGAAUUACAGAGCUAAAAAAAACAGUAUUGAAAAAGACAACAAAAUGAAUUUCAUAUGAUUCUCAUACAUACAGUAUAUUAGUUGUUUGCCAUCUAUAUUUGAUUAUUGUAUAAAAGGGACACUGAUCAAUUAUGUUAGGGUCUGCAUAAUAUAUUAUACAUGUCAUGGAAAAAGUCCUUUUCAUAAGGGAAUUGCACAUAGCUGUGGAAUUUUACAAUAAAAUGGUUGCAUUUGUCAGUGUG